AUGCUUUCUUCUGCUUCCUCUUCACUUGUUUCUUUUAGCUCCAUCAAUGAUGCCAUCAACCUCGUUAAGCUGCUGCCUAUGGUCAAUGAUAAGAACAGUAAGCUCUUCUGGAGUGCCACUUUGUCGCUGCUGGGUACUUGCUACAUGGUCAAGUCAUUCUGGCGCAUGAUGGUGGCUCCCAAACACUUGGCUCAUAUUCCAAAAGUCAAUUCAUUGCCUUGGUUUUGGAGUAUUCUCAAGGGUGAAAGCCAUGAUGUCCGCAUGAAGAAACUGAUGCUGCCUACCAUCAAUGAACAUGGUCUCUGCUUAAAGUAUAUUCUUGGAAGAUGGACAGUAACUGUGGGUGAUCCCAUUUUAUUGCAAGUCUUGCUGAAAGACGUGUAUACAUUUCCCAAGGAGCAAGUUUCUAUGGAUCCUGAUCUCAUCUUGACAAACGAAGAGCCAAACAUGGGAAAUGCGAACGGUCAAGAUUGGAAAAGGCAACGCAGUGUAGCGAAUCCUGUUUUCCAUAGAGCCAUGCCCAUUGAAGUCUUUGGCCAAAUUACAAAGCGUAUGUUUGACUCCAUGGAUAAACAGAAUAACGACGAUAUUGUCGAUAUGGCUGAUUAUAUGAGAAGGCAUAAUUUCGACAUGGAGGCUGUCACUGAUUCAACCUCACCUUAUGCCACUUUAUACAAGGAAGCGUUCAGUAUUGUCAGGGAUCCAUUUGUUUAUCUGUUCCCUGCAUAUACACGUAUCCCAUCCAAGUAUAUACCCUAUCGCAACAGAGCUCGCAAAGCAAAUGAAAAUCUUCGCAAGAUCUUGUCAGACAUCAUCGUUGACCGUAAACGAACGAUCCGCGAAAACAGCUUGGUUUUAUCUGAUGACAUGGAUUCCAGCAACGCUCAAGGGCUUGACUUGCUCACAUUAAUGAUUAUGGCUGCAGAAGGUGGCCAUGUACCCAAUGCCUCGUACUUAACUGAUGGGGAACUGGUGUCUAAUCUUGCAGUGUUCUUUGUUGCUGGUCAUGAAACCACUGCAAGUGCAACUGCUUCAUUCAUGUAUUAUCUCGCUGCUAAUCCCGAGAUUCAACAAAGGGCUAGACAAGAAGUGCUGAGUGUCAUGGGCGAUUCUCCUGAGGACGUGAUCCCCACAAGAGAAGAAUUGAAGCAAAUGGUAUACCUCGACAACUGUAUUCAUGAAACAAUGAGAAUCAACCCUCCAACAUCUGGCAAUCUGCCUCGAAUUGUUACCAAAGAUACAAAUCUAGGAGGCUUUUUUGUGCCUAAAGAAACUCGCAUCUCCAUUGAAUUGUACGGUGUACAUCACAUUGCAAAGUAUUGGGAUCAACCUGAAGUAUUCAACCCAGAUCGAUUCAACAAAAAGAGCACAAGUUUCCGCAAAGAUGCUAUUUGGAUGCCAUUUGGCUAUGGCCCGCGCACUUGCAUAGGCCAAAACUUUAGCUUAUCAGAACAGAGAAUAGUUCUAGCCAUGAUGUUGAAACGAUAUACAUGGACAUUAGCGCCCAAUAGCGAGCAUGCUCACGGAUUAAAAAAUGCUAAUGGAGGAGGUAUUGGUUUAUUGGGUCCUGAAUCUUUGAAAAUCAAGUUAACUAGAAGAUAUUGA